UAUUUUUGUGUCAACGGAAGUAUACUCUUGAUAUUAUUUCGGAAGCAGGUUUUGCGGCUUUACCAUUGAACAAAAUCAUCGUCUUGGCCUAGCUGAUGGGUCGUUAAUGAAGGAGCCUGAGGCUUACCGCCGGCUUGUAGGCCGCCUGGUCUAUUUAGUUGUGACUCUUCCGGACCUUGCUUAUUCGGUCUAUAUCUUAUCACAAUUCAUGCAGGAGCCUCGAGUUGACCAUUGGGAUGCAACAUUGAGAGUUGUUCGGUACUUGAAGGGUACACCAGGGCAGGGUAUCCUAUUACGUGCUGACAGUAAUUUAACUUUGCAAGGAUGGUGCGACUCAGAUUGGGCAGUGUGUCCCAUCACUCGUCGUUCUUUAACAGAGGCAGAAUAUCGCUCCAUGGCCGCGAUUACAUGUGAAUUAAAAUGGUUAAAGGGAUUGUUGUUGAGUUUAGGAGUUCAUCAUCCUAAAGUUAUUCCAUUAUUUUGUGACAGUUAGUCCGCUUUGCACAUGGCUAAGAAUCCGAUUUUUCAUGAGCGCACAAAGCACAUUGAGGUUGAUUGUCAUUUUGUUCGUGAUGCUAUAGUAGAUGGUGUAAUUGAACCAUCUUAUGUAUCCACUUCCUCACAGCUCGCUGACAUGUUUACUAAAGCUCUUGGGAAGCAACAAUUUGAUUUUCUUUUUUCCAAGUUGGGCAUUUUUAAUCCCCACACAUGCUCCAACUUGAGGGAGGGUGUUACGAAAAUUAAAUGUUAUACCUAAUUAAUUAAGAAAGUAAUAAUGUUCUAGCUGUUAUGUAAGUUACAAAGUAUUAAAAGUAUUAAUGUUGUAGUUGUUACGUAAGUUAGAAAGUAUUAGGAAGGUUAGUGGGUUUAGGAAACUCUUUGAUUUUCUUAUCCUAGUUGUUUCGUACGCCCUGCUUGGAAAUUGUGGGUGUAUAAAUACUCUUGUUCAUCAAUAAUAUUGGGGGAAAGCUUUUCCCUUAUAUAAUAUUUAUCACUUAUGAAUCAGAAAACAGAAAAGAGAGAAAGUGAAAAAAAAAUGUGGAAAUUUGUUGCUUACAAGGUUUGAACCUUAGUUGAUUGAAGAAGUAUGAUAGAGCUUGCAAAGGGAAGGAAUGCAAAACAUUUCCUUAGGAAUAGUGAAUUUCAUGAAUUUGUGACUCAAAACACUAUUGAUAAGCAUAGUGUUGCAAAUGUGAGUAUUUUAAAG